AGCGCCCUGCCUGCCAAAAAGUGCGAGUGAUUGAAUCUCCGCCACAGAGAGCAAAUAAAAGCCAAAAAAAUUUUGCCUCUUUUCGUCUAUUACGAAAGAGCCAAAACUUGUAAUCAUCCAUAAACCAUGUCUUUUGAUCACAAGCGAGACGACAAAUUAGCGUUCGAGACUUCGGAAAGUGUCAAAGUAGUUCCUUCCUUCGAUGCCAUUGGCCUGAAAGAAGAUUUGCUCCGUGGUAUUUAUGCUUACAACUUUGAAAAGCCGUCCGCUAUUCAGCAGAGAGCUAUUGUUCCCAUUAUUCGAGGACGAGAUGUCAUUGCUCAGGCUCAAUCCGGUACGGGUAAAACAGCCACCUUCUCCAUUUCCGUGUUACAGGCUAUCGACACUUCGGUCAGAGAGACACAAGCUUUGAUUCUUUCACCUACUCGUGAACUGGCCACCCAGAUUCAGAGCGUCGUGUUGGCAUUGGGCGAUUACAUGAAUGUACAGUGCCACGCGUGUAUUGGUGGCACCAACAUUGGUGAAGAUAUUCGUAAAUUGGAGAACGGCGUUCACGUUGUUUCUGGUACUCCUGGUCGUGUUUUUGAUAUGAUUCGACGACGCAGCCUUCGUACUCGCAACAUCAAGAUGCUUGUACUCGAUGAAGCCGAUGAAUUGCUCACUUUAGGUUUCAAGGAUCAAAUCUACGAUGUGUACCGCCAUUUACCUCCUUCCACUCAAGUCGUCCUUCUUUCCGCCACAUUACCUCGCGAUGUCCUUGAAAUGACCAACAAGUUUAUGACCGAACCUAUUCGCAUUCUUGUCAAGCGUGAUGAAUUGACUUUGGAAGGCAUUCGUCAGUUCUUUGUAGCAGUGGAACGUGAAGAAUGGAAAUUCGAUACACUUUGCGAUUUAUACGAUACAUUGACUAUUACACAAGCCGUCAUCUUUUGUAACACUCGUCGCAAGGUCGAUUGGUUAACAGAAAAGAUGCGUGAAGCCAAUUUUACUGUAUCGGCUAUGCACGGUGAAAUGCCUCAAAAAGAACGUGAUGCUAUUAUGCAAGAAUUCCGUCAGGGCUCAAGUCGAGUGCUGAUUACUACCGAUGUGUGGGCUCGUGGUAUCGAUGUUCAACAAGUGUCUUUGGUCAUCAACUACGAUCUUCCUGCCAACCGUGAAAACUACAUCCAUCGUAUUGGUCGAUCCGGUCGUUUCGGCCGUAAGGGUGUUGCGAUCAACUUUGUCAAGAACGAUGAUCUCAAGAUCUUGCGCGAUAUCGAACAAUACUACAGUACACAGAUUGACGAAAUGCCCAUGAAUGUGACCGACUUGAUCUAA